GCUUAGCAUUCCACCACGCCGCUCCAAUUCCUGCUUGGACGAAGAAUGAAUUUUGCACACCAUAAAACUUCGUCUCAUCGGCCGCAUUCAGACAUGACGUCCUGAUUGUCAUGAACGGUUACAAGGAGCACCCGCGGGCGUCUGAAAUUGGAUCAUAUGAUCCAUAUGCCCUACCUGACUUCGACAAUGACUUUAUCGACCGCGCGGACCUCGCGGCUUUUGCAAAUGCCCUAACAGCACCUACUACAGAGCCCGUAACGGCGCUCAACGACUGGGGUCCCAUCCGGCAAAGAGUGAAGAGAAAUCGAAUUCGACGCAGAGCGCCUAGAAGAUCCAAGGACGAGACGAGGGAGGGCUUUGUGUACACGCUGUUGUACUAUCCUCUGCUCUUCAUCGUCUGCGGCUGGAUCGUGUUUCUGUUCAUCGUGUACAACUUGACUCGGUUCUAUAUCUAUGCCUACGAACACCUAUUUACUUGGACCGGCCGACGAGAAACCCUUCGACGACAGCUGCAAAAUGCAAACAGUUAUGAGGAGUGGCAAACUGCUGCCCAGCAACUCGACGAAUAUCUGGGCAACGAGGAAUGGAAGCAACACGAACAGUACUCCUAUUACAACCACCAAACGGUCAGAAAGGUCACAGCUCAAUUGAUUGAGCUUCGACAGAAGGCCGAAGCAGAAAUCGACAAAGGCCGAGACGGGAUUGGUGGACUCACUGCCUUGGAUGAGCUCAAGUCUCUACUUGAAAGUUGCGUCAAGAACAAUUUCGUGGGGAUCGAGAACCCUCGCCUAUAUAGCGAGACGUACAUCGGUACCAAGGUCCUGAUUCAGUCCUUUGUUGAUCAAGUGCAGAAGAGCUUGAAAGUGGUGCUCGAUUGCGAUCGUAUGACUGACAAGGACAAAGCUGUCUUCUUCCGGCAUCUCGAGCUCAACUAUGGACGCACGGCCUUGUGCCUUUCAGGUGGGGCGACUUUGAGUUAUUACCACUUCGGUGUCAUCAAGGCGCUUCUAGACGCUGGAGAGCUCCCUGAAAUUAUCACUGGUACUUCUGGUGGCGCUCUUGUAGCGGCAUUGGUGGCGACCAGGACGAAUGAGGAGUUGAAACAACUAUUGGUGCCAGCACUCGCAUACCGCAUCCGAGCUUGCCAUGAAGGCUUCACGACAUGGAUUCGCCGGUGGUGGCGCACCGGUGCUCGAUUCGAUUCCAUUGACUGGGCCAAGCAAUGCAGCUGGUUUUGCCGCGGAUCACUGACUUUCAAAGAGGCAUUUGAGAGGACGGGCCGUAUCUUGAACGUCUCGUGUGUUCCCUCCGACCCUCACUCGCCAACCAUUUUGAACAACCAUAUCACAAGUCCAGAUUGCGUCAUCUGGUCCGCUGUGCUUGCUUCAGCCGCAGUCCCUGGCAUUCUCAAUCCCAUCGUGCUCAUGCGCAAGACGCGAGACGGCAAGUUGGUACCCUACUCGUUCGGCAACAAGUGGAAAGAUGGCAGUUUGCGUACCGACAUUCCUCUGAAGGCCCUCAACCUCCACUUCAACGUCAACUUCUCCAUUGUGUCCCAAGUCAAUCCCCACAUCAAUCUGUUUUUCUUCUCUCCAAGAGGGUCCCCUGGCAGACCAGUCACCCAUCGCAAGGGCCGGGGUUGGCGGGGUGGCUUUCUGGGGUCGACGAUUGAAACCUCGGUCAAGCUCGAUCUGCAGAAAUAUCUCAAGAUCCUGCGACAUCUCGAGUUGCUGCCGAGACCGAUGGGCCAGGACUGGAGCGAAAUAUGGCUACAACGCUUUUCCGGUACCGUCACCAUCUGGCCGAAGACUACGGCCAGUGACUUCUGGAACAUCCUCAGCGAUCCGAGUCCGCAACGGCUCGAUCGGAUGAUCCGGGUGGGCCAACGCAGCUGCUGGCCGAAAAUCAGAUUCAUCUCCAAUCGUAUGAAAGUAGAAAGGGUCAUUCUCGAAGGGCUGCGGAGAGGUGGACCAAUUGACGAUGGCCAACGCGUUCCCAAUCCUGUUCAAGAACAACAGGCCGAAGAAGCGCUUCUUCGCGCUAGAAGACAACCGAGUGCCGGCUUGCCAACAGCAGAGAGCAUACAUGACGAUGAGUACGUGGAGCGAACUGCGCGUAGGCAAAGUAGCAUUCUCAAAGAACUUACACGGCAGGCGUCAGUAUUCUGGCAGGACGACGGGCAUACUGAAGGGGAGGAUGAUGUGAUUGACACGCCCGAAGAAGCUGAGGACGACAGCUAUGGGGAGCAUGAAGAGUGACGGCAUUGCAGGAUCGGAAGGGCGUAUCAUUAGUACAAAUCAAUAGUCAAUUAGCGCGAUUGCAGCAUAGUAUGGUAUCCUGAAUGACCCUACCUGGUAGUUUUGAGAGAGA